AUGCUGGAGAACAGGAUGGACGGAAAACCGAUUGAGCUCGUCAGUGAGUUCUCUUAUUGUGGAUGUAUGCUGAAAAACAAUGGCAGCCACGAGAAAGAUGCUCCGCAAAGAUGUGCUAAGACCACAUCUGCAUUCAAAUCUUUAACGAAAUACCCGUGGUCGACCCCCAACACCUAUGAAGUCAAGCUGCGCGUCUACCUAUCCGAAAUUCACGCUAUUAUAAUUCACGGGACUGGAGGCAUGGGCAGGUUAACCGUGAUGGAGAAGCCCGACUGCAUGAAAACGAAGCUGCUUAGACAGAUGUUUUUCUUUGUCCAGUUUAUGCUCAUUUCUGUAACCACAAAGACUGCAUUCGCCACAUCCAAGCUGCCUCAACUCUCACAAUAUAACUCAAUCUUUGAGCAAAAAAAGCUGAAAAAGGCGGCAAGUUACGGAAACGUGGUGACUGUACAUGUGGUCGGUGAGACACGGUGUCCGGAUACCACACGGUUCAUCGAAAACCACUUACUGCCUGCCUUCAAAAAAUUCCGCGGUCGCCUUCAGAUUAAGUAUCAUCCUUAUGGGCCAACAAAGCAUACAUUUUGCUCUCGGAGUAAAGCUGGAGUAGUGUGCAAGUGCCAACACGGACCACGGGAAUGCGAUAAAAAUGCGCUACAGGCCUGCGUAAUUGAUGCCUUGCCUAACGCAGAAGAUCAUCUAGAUAUCGUUGCGUGUAUCCAAGGUCCACGUUCAUUCAAUUACGUAUUUUAUAAAUGCAUCACUAAUCUUGUAUCUUCUAGACAAGUUAGGGAUAGAAUAUCACAAUGUGCAGAUAGUGAUGAAGGUAAACUGUUGAUGGCUAGACAUGGCGCAAGAUCGCUGGGAAUUGGUGCAGCUAUAACCUGGGUGCCAUGGAUCGCUAUAAAUGGGGUACGAAAUCCAGCCGCUGAAGAACAUUUUGAGGAUGUUUUGUGCAACCAGUAUUUUGAUCCUCGACCUCCAGAGUGCCCAAGAAUAAAAGCCUAG